UUGGGCUACCUGUGGUUGCCUGUGGUAGUCUCUGUCAUGUGACCUCGUUUUUCUGGUGCAAUUCAGUGCAAUUCUCUUUUCAAAAGACCAAUAUGGGGCUGGAUUCAAUCGUCCCUUCAAUCCUUAAUUUCCUUUCCUCGCUCUCUUCUCCAAUCCAGAUCUUACUCUUAGUGGCUGUUGUGUUUGUAAUAAGAAAAGUCUUAAAGGCAAAAUUCGAUAGACCGAUAGAAGAAGAGCCUGAAAGGCCGCUCGAACCGUUCAAGAAGCGGGACUUUACGAUCGACGAGCUGAAGGAAUAUGAUGGAAUCAAAUUUCCUUAUGUUUUAAUGGCAGUCAAUGGCAAAGUAUUCGACGUGACUAGAGGAAAGGACUUUUAUGGACCAGGUGGACCUUACAGUAACUUUGCUGGACAUGAUGCAAGCAGAGGACUGGCUACAUUUUCAUUGGGCCCAGAAGCAAUUCAAAAURAGUAUGAUGACUUAUCAGACCUAAAUAGUAUGCAGAUGGACUCACUUAGGGAAUGGGAAACACAGUUUUUGGAAAAAUAUUACCUGGUUGGACGAUAUUUAAAGCCUGGAGAAAAGCAUCAACAGUAUGAAGAAUCUGAAACUGAAGAAGAAGAUGGGAAAAGUGAAAAGAAGGAAAAYUAGACUGGAGAGUUAGUAUAGCAUAGGAUGUAAUUAUUGUUUAAGAUUUGAAUAGCAAAUCUUUAGAAGUGUGAAAUCAUACUUUAUUUCAAGUUCAUGUCAAAGAAAUUUAAGCAUCUGGAUAUACCUGCUGAUUUUGUAUUGUCUAACAGCCAAUCAGAAAAAAAUGGUUCAUAGCUCUACAKGUGUCAACGUAAGGGGCUGAACCUUGCAAAGAAUUCAAAUUUUUUUWAAAGCACAAACUAAAUUUGAGUGAAGUAUUUUGGCUCGAAAGAAAGUUUGAUAUAUUUACAUCAUACUUWAAAAAGGCCUUCCUUCAUUAAAAAUGAAACACAAAUAACAACCUAAUAAUUAUGGAAAUCAAUGAUGCACCAAAUUAAUGUGAAUCUAAUUUCAAGUUAAUUUGAACGUGAAGGUGGCUGCCUACCUUAGGAAAAAGUUUUCRAAUCACGUUUUUUAAGCCCAAAUUUAAUGAUUUUAAAUCUUGAAAGAAAAAGGGGUUUUCCUGAGGUCAUUUUYGAGAUAAUCACAGUUAAGCAUAUCAACAACUUUUGAGGAAAAAGAAACGACAAAAAUGUCAUGAAAAAAAUUCACAUGUCACUGGUAAUCAMACUUUUGACUUUAAUUUUUCAGAAAUCAUAAAUUAUACAUGAUUUUACAUAAUAUUAUAUAAGUGAAAUAAUUUAAAUAAAGUAAAAAAUGUUUAGAAAUAUAGUAAGAAAUAAUUAUUUAUUUGUUUGAAUUUUUCUAUAGUAGGCAGCCACCUUAAUUAAGGCCCUGUCCACACUAUGCCRGAUAAAUUUGAAUCCGUAACUUUCACACCGAAACCGGAAAAAAGUUUUCCGUCCACACAUGAAAAUGGAGAAAAAAUUUCGUGUCAACACUAGACCAUAUUCGAAAAAAUUCGUUUUCGGUAAAGAAUUGUUCUGGAUUCGCCUUCAAAWUUAUCCAGCAUAGUGUGGACGGGGCCUAAUUUACAACAAAAAUUUACAURCAUUUUUUACUUUUACUUUUAGUAACAUAGAACAUUCAUGAAUUUAGAAGGCACAUUUAUUUAAGUGGCAAUAAUUUAGUGUACAUGUAUCAUUAAUUUCUUAUAAUAAGGUAUCAGAGAUCACACUUAGACAUCUUUUACUUGUAGGUCCUGUUUUACUCUCUGUUCUAAAUGUAGAGUCUCUUUGUAAUAGAGAAUGUUCCAUUUUAAACCAAAACAAUGAGCAGCAUAGAGGUUUCUGUUUACCUUGCUUUUUAUGGUUAUAAAAAUAAAAGAGUUUAUUGUGUUUUGAUUGCCUUAUGAUAACUCUAAUAUAAAAAUGCUGGAGCUGCAGUCCGGUGUAAAUAAAAAUACUUAAAAGUA